GACGUCACUACCACCGCACACCCCAAUUUCUUCUUCCCACGAAUACGAACAUUUCAAAAUGCCUCCACGAAAGAGCGAUGUCGUGAAGCCGGUCGUUGGAGAUGAAGCUACACCUGUCAAAGAAACGACGGUAGUUCGAGAGGGAACUACUAUUGAGGAUCUCAGUCUCCCAAAGAGUAUCGUAACGCGAUUGGCGAAGAGUGUGUUGCCGCCUAAUACGCAGAUCCAAGGAAAUGCGAUGUUGGCGAUGGGGAAGAGCGCAACGAUCUUUGUUAAUUAUUUGGCUACACAUGCAAACGAGAACGCACACAGCCGAAGUGUUAAAACGAUAGCGCCGCAAGAUGUUUUUAAGGCGUUGGAGGAUAUAGAAUUUCCUGAUUUUAAACCGAGGUUGGAGGCGGAACUUGCGAAGUUUAUCGAAUUGCAAAGCGACAAAAGAAAUACACAUAAAAAGAAAGUCGCAGCGGAUAAAGGACCGGGAGGUCAAGCGGGAGGUGAAGAUGGAGAGGGCGAUUCGGAAAUGUUGGAUCGAGAAGGAGAUGGAGAACCCAAGGCUAAAAAGGUUAGGCGAGAUGGGAGCAGUGGGGGAAGUGGAGAGGCACAAGAAGAACAUGAUGACGAAAUAGAUGCAGACGAAGAGCAUGAUGAAGAAGUGGAAGGAGAGGAAGGCGAGGACGAAGAAGAAGGGGAGGGUGAAGCAAGGGAAGAUGAUGACGGAGAAGAGAAGUUCGAUGUUGAGGAGGCAGAAGAAAAAGAGGUAGACGAUGAGGCGCUGGAUAAUGGGGAAGAUAGUGACUGAAGCUAGCAUUAUUUUACGUGGCUUCCAAAGAAGGGCGAAAGUAAAAGGGAAUAUCUUAUUUGUUAAGGAUUGGAAUUGGAAGGGAAGCGAAGCGUGCAUUUGCAAUGAUGGAGUUUGGUAUAUGGAUAUAGGUUGUCAAGAACAAAAGUCCGCCAGGCAUAGCAAUAUAUGAUUGCCAAUUCAUAUCUGCCAAAGUUCCGUUAAAUAUAGAUGUAUAGUGGAUGUUGGUCUAAGCGAGGAAAGCUUGUAUCUCA